AUGACCCUCGCCACGGCGGUCCUCCUCGCGAUCCUGGCAUUUGUCGCCGGCGACAUGCAGUAUCACAACUACCUAGAGAAGUUUCCCUCGGGCCUGCUGCCCCUGGAGAAAGAGCACGACGUGAGCAUCCAUUACAACGCCACCUCCCUCCAGCACAGCGGCGACUGGGUGGAGGUCAGCGUGCAGGGCGUGGCUCGCCCGCACAGGGACGACAUCCUGGCCCUGUACGCGCCUGCGGAUGCCCACCUGCACGGCGCAGCGCCUGUCAAGUACGAGUACGUCAGGGCGGACGCGCGGUACCUCAAGCAUGGGCACGCCACCCUCAGCUUGCGCCUGAUCAACCUACGGGUGGACAUGCGCUUCGUGCUGGUCCGCGGCGGCGACGGCGGCACCCCCAAGCUGGUCGGCGAGGGACCUGUCCUGCCCAACGCCAACCCCAACGAGCUGACGGGCAUCCACCUCAUGCCCGGGCACCGCCCCGUGGACAUGCUGGUGCAGUGGACCACACGCGACGUGGGCGAGCCCUUUGUCCGCUUCGGCACCGCGCCCGACGACCUGCGUUUCGCCAUCCCCGCCACCACCGAGACCUACUCGCGCCGCGAGAUGUGCGGCAUCCCCGCCUCGGGCGCGGGGUGGGUGGACCCCGGCGCGCUGCACACCGCGGUCAUGGCGGGGCUCACCCCCGACACGCGCUACUACUACGUGGUGGGCGACGCGCAGGGCGCGCCCCACGAGCGCACCUCCGCCCCCCGCUCCUUCCUGUCCCACCCGGGCGUGGGGCCGCACCUCUCGGUGUCGGUCCUGGGCGUGGCCGACCAGGGCGUGGGCGAGCCCGACGGCGCGCUGGCGGCCAUGGAGUACCAGCCCGCGCUGGCCCCGUACCGCAUGGUCCUGCACAACGGCGACAUCUCCUACGCGCGCGGGUACGGCGCGCUGUGGGACACCUUUUUGUUCCAGCAGCGCGCGGUGCUGGAGGCCAUGCCCGCGGCCACCUCCAUCGCCAACCACGAGCGCGACUGGCCGGGCCAGGCCUUCUACCGCACCUCCGACGAUUCGGGGGGCGAGUGCGGCGUGCCCUACUACAAGCGCUUCCCCAUGCCCCGCCCCAACCUGGCCCCCGACCAGGCCUUCUACUCCUUCGACUUCGGCCCCGCCCACUUUGCGGUCAUGAGCAGCGAGCACGACUACACUGCGGGGUCGCCCCAGCACCUCUGGCUGGCGGGGGAUUUGGCCGCCGUCGACCGCGAGCGCACGCCCUGGCUCAUCCUCAUGGGCCACCGACCGCUGUACAUCGAUGCCAACGACUUCUACUGGCCCACGGGCAAGCAGACCACCGCCAUCCAGCUGCAGACCGCGCUGGAGUACCUUUUGCGCGAGCAUGCCGUGGACCUGGUCCUGGCCGGGCACCACCACAGCUACCAGCGCACCUGCGCAGUGCAUAAGGGGCGCUGCAUGAAGCACUCGCACGGCCACCACCGCUCGCACCACGGCACGGUGCACGUCUGCUUUGGGCAUGGCGGGGCAGACCUGACGCCCAAUGGCUUCGACGAGACCCCCACGUGGAUUGACUAUGAGAAUAUGGAGCGCAUCCUGCCGACCGUGGUCUUCCUGGCUGCCAAGGUUGAGGAGACAUGCCUCGUGACCAACGACCUGCUCAACGUGGCCAGCCUGCUGUGCGCCUCGCCCUCCGCGUACCAGCGCCCCCCUCCCGACCCCCUCGCCACCCCGCCUCCGGCCCUGGUGGGCGGCACCUACUACGCGGCCAAGGCGCUCCUCGUCCUGGACGAGCAGCGCGCGCUGCGCACGCUGCGCUUCGACCUUCGGGUGCACCACCCCCACCCGCACCUCCUCGCGCUCGCCGGCGCGCGGCGAGCCCCCCGCCCACUCCUGGCCGCCGCGCUGUGCCUGCUGGGCGACGCGCUGGCGGGGUGUGCGUGCGCUGCGCGCCACCGCCCGGGCCCGCUGGCGUCGGCCGCGCUGCAUGUUGCAUCUGUCGAGGCGGCGGUGGAUGAGGUGGCGGGCGUGGCCGAGGCGGGGCUGGCCGGCAUGGGGGUCGGCAACCUGUCCUACGACCUGACUGACCAGGACAUCAUAAACUACUUUGGCAAGUGUGGACCCGUCAAGAGCGUAAGGAUCGUGAACGACCGGGAGACUGGCAGGCCACGCGGGUUUGGGUUCGUGGAGUUCCAUGACAUUCCCACCGCUGAGAGCGCCAUUCGCAACUUGAGUGGCAAGGAGUUCAAUGGCCGGGUCAUCCGCAUCGUUUUUGCGGAGGGUGGACCCUUCGAGGCCAGGGGUGGGGGCUUCCCCUCUCGCGGAGGUGCGGCGGGUGUGGCUGGCCGCGUGGUGGGCGGCGACCUGGCCUACCACUCCGCGCUGGGCGCGGCGCAGCUGCUGGGCGGCUCCGGCACGCCCGGCCAGACCGCAGAUGCGCUGACCAAGCUGCUGGCGAGGCGCUCGCGCUCCGAGCUCUACGCACUGCUGGCCGCGGUGCAGGAGCUGGCGGGGGCGGACCGCGCGGCUGCGCGUGACCUGCUGGCCUCCAACCCUGCGCUGGCCAAGGCCCUGUUCCAGAGCCAGGUCAUCCUGGGGUACGUGAGCAACCCGCGCGGCGACGUGGCGCCCAAGGGCAUCGCGCCGCCGGGGACGAUGCCGGGGCGUGGGUUCGCCGGCGCCGCGCACGAUGCGCCGCCGGCGCAGUACCGCCACGCCGACCCCACGCCGGCCGUGCAGUACCAGGGCGGUACCGGCGGCGGCUACGCGGCACCCUCCGGCGGGUACGCGCAGGGCACCGGCGCCUACGCGCCCAUGGCCCCGGUGGGCCUGGCGCCGGCGCACGGCGCAGGUGCGGCUUACGGCGGCGGCAACGGGUACCACGCUGGUGCGGGGCAGUACCCGCCCCACGCCGACGCGGCGGCGGCCACGCCGGCCGACCCGCGCCAGAGGGCGGGUUUUGCGCCGGGCAUGACGGAGCCGCAGCAGGGGUACGGCGGCGCGCCAUCGCACAACGCCGGCCCCGCCGCCGGGCUGUCUGCCGCGGCGGGCAUGACGCCAGACCAGCAGCAAGUACUGCUGGAGCAAGUGCUGUCCCUGACCCCGGCGCAGCUAGACCAGCUGCCACCGGACCAGAAGGCGCAGGUGCUGGCGCUGCAGCAACAGAUGGUGAGCUGGCGGUGA